AUGCACGUGCUCGACAGGCUCGCUGCGCCGCGCGCGGCCGCCGCGAAGCGGCCCCCGCGGGCGGGGGUGGGCAGCCGCCGCGGGCGCGCGGUGGCGCGUGCGGCGAAGCCCUCCGGCCCUGCGCCGGCUGGGGCGCCGGCCGAUUCCGAGGUGAAGGCGGAGGGGGCGGACGGGUGGGUUUGCAGCGGCGACGCGUGCGAGAGGGACGGGACGGUGGUGUCGCGGGCGGCGCUGGCGGCCGACGCGGGCAGCGAGUUCGAGGUCUGCCUGCCAGAGGACCUCGAGGCGGCGCCCGGGGAACUGACGGAGAUCGAGAGGUCGGCGCCGUACCUCGAGCGCGACGCGUUCCGCUGCGUGGGCUGCGUGCGGCCCGAGUGCCAGACCCCGGCGGGCUGCGCGACGAUGCCGUGGCGCACCGCGGACGCCGGGUACCUCCGCGCCGUGCUCACCAGCAAGGUCUACGACGUCGCCGUCGAGGCGCCGCUCGAGGAGGCCAAGCGCCUGUCGGAAGCGACCGGAAAUCGCGUGUUUUUGAAGAGGGAGGACCUGCAGCCCGUGUUCUCCUUCAAGCUCCGCGGCGCGUACAACAAGAUCGCGAGCCUCACCGACGAGGAGCUCGCCCGCGGGGUCAUCUGCUCGAGCGCCGGCAACCACGCCCAGGGCGUCGCGCUCGGGGCCUCCCGCCGCGGCGCGCGGGCCAUCAUCUGCAUGCCCACGACCACGCCCGCGAUCAAGAUCGAGUCCGUGAAGCGCCUCGGCGGCGAGGUCGUCCUCGAGGGCGAGACGUACAGCGACACGCAGACGUACGCGCAGGAGCGGGCGACGCGCGAGGGGCUGACGUUCGUGGCGCCGUACGACGACCCGUGCGUGAUCGCGGGGCAGGGCACGAUCGGGGCGGAGAUCCUGCGUCAGGUGGACUCGCGCGGGGUCGACACGAUCUUCGUCGCCAUCGGGGGGGGGGUCUCGCGGCGGGGAUCGCGGCGUACGUCAAGGCGCUGCAGCCGCACGUGCGCGUGA